AGAAGAUAAUUUUCCAUUUCAUAAUUCAUCGAGACACGGAAGGAAGGAGAGAGAGAGGACACAGAGGAAUUGGGAAUACUGGGUCAGUUUGGAUCCAUGCUGAUCGGUUUCAACGGGCCAAAGGCGAUGAAGAUUCAUCGUCCGACGACAUUGCUGUUCUUGCUGCUUCAACUUCAAGCUUUUAUGUUUUUUUACUCUCUAUCAAUUGCUUCGUCGCUGAAUCAUUCCAGCUCUAACAGUGAGAACAAUGCGCAUCUCUUGCAGGAUGUUUUGAAGGAAAUAGCAAAGAAGCAGGAGUGGGAUUCGGAGGAAAUCAGAAUAUUGAAAUUGGAUUUUGGAAAUGUGAGAUUUGGAUGUGCGGAGAGCCAUGCAAUUCGUCUGGGAUUAGGUAAAACUCGGCUGUUGGCAAAAUUUUCCGACGAGGUGUCGUCGUGGAAGAAGCCGAAUUAUGCUAAUGCGACUAGCCUCAGCUCUUUAAUUAAUGGCAUCGGUUCAAUGGCUGCCAUUAGGUCUUUCAAAAUUGUGGGUCCUUUCGAUUUGAUGGUUGAAGAGGAUGCCCAGCUUUCUCUCUCCUUACCUAACAAUGCUACUCAUGUUGGUCUCAAACGAAUUCUGGUGGGAGAAGGCAUAACAGUAGAAGUUAGUGAAGCUGAGGAGGUGUCUGUGUUUUAUUCGUCUGAUCUUGUUCAACUGCUGAACGAAACCAGAACGGGCAAUGGAAAAACCAGGAUUUACCCUUUCUGGCUUCCAUUUUGCUCACCUUUGCUUCCUCUACGCAUACUUGGAUCUGCGACAUUGUCUGCAUAUAGGACACGAAAUCCUGAUGAUCGUGUAAGAACUAGCUUCCUUUCCAAGGAUUCAAUUGAGUUAUUGCCAGACAAGUGCUAUGGUAGAAAUACUUACACUCAGAAUUCUCCCAUACUUGAUUCCUUCAAAUUGCGGUUUAAUAUGCUGGAAAGUAUUCUUCAACGUUAUCUGAGUAAUAGGAUCCUUCAAAAUGGCCUGUUGGCUUUUGUUAAAGUUAAAAUGAGAGCAUCUGUUGUUGUUCGUUUUCAACUGGAACUCGAAAGUACUAUUGGAACAAAUAGUAGUCGAUAUGCUCGAUUGGCAGAGUGGAGAACUAAGCCUACCGUUGAGCGUGCAUCAUUUGAAGUGAUGGCUAGGCCUGAUGCAGUGAGAUUGAAGCCUCUUGCAGUUAAGAAGUUAAGGCCUUUGAUCGUGGCAGAUUCAACUGAAUGGAGGAACCUACUGCCAAAUAUAUCCUUCACCAAGUUUCCAUCUCUUCUCGUUCCUCCCGAAGCUCUAACGCUGGAUGUCAAAUGGUAAUCAGAUAAGUUUUCUUCAAGAUAUUUUUUCACAGUUCUAGGUAUUAUCACUUACUUGCCCAGCUUCCUUGUUCAUAUGUUUGGUAAAUGUACAUGGUAAAUGAACUAAAGAAAUUUCUUGCAUUAUGCUACUUGUGGUCACUAGUUAAUAAAGCCAUAGAAGCAUCAUAUACUCUGAAGUUUUGAAUGUAGAGAACAAUGAUACAGAUAUGUAAACAAAUUCUGUGUAUAUGCACAUUUGCAUUUCUGGCUUAGGUUAUAUUGGAUUUUCCUGCUUCCUUAGU